AUGAUGACUUCCAUGGGGUUGCUAGAGCUGUGGCAGCUCACAUGGCUGAUCGCCGUGGCUGGCGGUCUGCUCUCGUUUCGGAGUAGUUUCUGCCGUGGGUUCGUUCUGCAGGGCAAGAUGCGUACUCCUGCUGCCGUCUCACAACUCCCCGGGUUGUCAUUGCUGCGUGUGGAGGUGCCCAAAAGCUACUGGACGUGGUUCUACCUUGUCGGAGCUCUGCACAGCAUCUUUAUGUUGGUUAUCACAGUCUUCUGGCAACAUACGCAAGCAGUGCAAUACGCUCUGCACUUCGCGCAUCCCUCUGUAGAAGAAGGCAAUAGUAUCAUCCUGAACCGGGCAAACAAAACCACCGUAUAA